AAAAGCAAGGCUAUCCAUGCUAUACACUUACAAAAGAGCUUGAAAGGUGUUAUUGAGAAAGUUCAAGUAGAAAAAUCAGAUGAGAAUUUAAAAAAAGUUGUAAAAGAAAUUCUUGAUGCAUUAAAUAAG